GCUCUCUUCGCCUUUCCUUUAAGGAAAAAAUCUACCAAAAAAAAAAUUAUUAAAAAAAAAAGUAUAACAAAUUACGGAGCGGACUAUCUGUUGGUUAUUUGUAUCAUUAUAAAGUUUAUUUGAUUUCAGUACCUUGGUUUAGAUAUUUAAUUUUAUAGAAUGAAUCGCAGAAGGGGACAUGAAGAUGACGAUGUAUACGAUCGUUUACAUAGAAAGAGGCGUCGAGUUUCAGAAAAUCAAGAGAUAGAGGAUAGAUUGGAAUCGCUUAUUUUAAGAGUUGGUGAAAAAAGUAGUUCCAGUCUCGAAAGCAAUCUGGAAGGUUUGGCCAGUGUUCUAGAAGCAGAUUUGAGUACAUUCCGAGUAAAAAUUCUUCGCAUUCUUACCGAUUGCGCUAUUCGUAUGCCUGAAAAAUGCACAAUCUAUGCUACACUUGUUGGUUUGCUCAAUGCUAAGAACUAUAACUUUGGUGGUGAGUUUGUUGAUUAUAUUGUGAAAACCUUCAAGGAGAAUUUGAAAGUUGGCAAAUGGAAUGCAGCUAGAUAUUGUCUUAGGUUCAUAUCAGAUUUAGUAAAUUGCCAUGUUUUGGCCGCUUCCUCUUUGUUGACUUUACUGGAAACACUAGUAGAUUGUGCUAAUGAAGAUGGAGUUCCUCAAGUGAGAAGAGAUUGGUUUGUGUUUGCUGUUUUGUCUGCCUUGCCAUGGGUGGGCCGAGAGCUAUAUGAGAAAAAGGAAUCUCAACUGGAACAUUUACUUAUAACUAUUGAAGUAUUUUUGAAUAAGCGCAGUAAAAAACAUUGGUCUGCAUUGAAAGUGUGGGCAGCCGAUUCACCACACUUGCAGGAAGAAUACUUGGAUUGCCUUUGGGCACAAAUAAAAAAAUUAAGACAAGAUAAUUGGUCUGAAAAACACAUCCCAAGACCUUAUCUUGCGUUUGAUUCAAUUUUGUGUGAAGCAUUGCAACAUACACUUCCCACUAUUCAGCCUCCACCUCACAAUGAUUCUGACACUUACCCAAUGCCUCGAGUGAUAUUCCGUAUGUUUGAUUACACGGACUGCCCUGAUGGCCCUGUGUUGCCUGGAGCUCACUCUAUUGAGCGGUUCCUGAUUGAAGAGCAUUUACAUAACAUAAUUGAGGCAUACCAUCUGGAGCGUAAAGAGUGUGCUGCCCAAUUACUCUGUUUCCCUUAUAAAGCUAAGAUACCUCUGGAGUACUGUAUUGUAGAGGUUAUAUUUGCUGAGCUUUUUAACUUGCCAAGACCGAGGUAUUUGGAAAUUUGUUAUGGAUCUAUUCUGAUUGAGCUAUGUAAACUCCAACCUUCCACCAUGCCUCAAGUGUUAGCACAAGCUACUGAGAUUCUAUUCUUGAGAAUUGAUACUAUGAAUGUGGCUUGUUUUGACAGAUUUGUGAAUUGGUUUUCAUACCAUCUCAGUAACUUCCAGUACCGCUGGUCGUGGGAAGAUUGGGAAGGUUGCAUUCAGUUAGAGUCUGACCAUCCAAAACCAAGGUUCAUUAGGGAGGUGCUAGGCAAAUGUCUGAGGUUGUCAUAUUAUCAGAGGAUCAAGGAUGUUGCCCCAGAAACAUUUGCUGCCUUAGUUCCACUAAAACCAGAGCCUAUAUACAAAUAUUCAAUGGAGGGUGCAGCGUCUCUACCGGGCACAGAAGCGGCUCACCAAUUGGUUGUGAACGUUCGCAAUAAAUGCACGCCAGAGGAAGCUCUGAACGUCCUCCGGGAACUGCCCAAUCCGUUACGUGAGGGGGAACAGCCAGCGGCCGCGCAGGCUGCGCCGCACAACCCCCUCAAGAUUGAUGUGUUCGUGCAGACGCUUCUCAACCUCGGCAGUAAAAGUAUCAGCCACAGUUUUGCUGCGAUAUCUAAAUUCCAUUACGUUUUUAAGAUCUUGGCGGAGUCUGAGGAGGCACAGAUCUGUAUACUGCGCAACGUGUGGGAGUUGUGGCAGCGGCACCCGCAGAUGGUGUGCGUGCUGGUCGACAAGAUGCUCAAGACGCAGAUCGUGGAGUGCAGCGCUGUCGCCACCUGGCUGUUCUCUAAGGAAAUGGCGCCGUACUUCACGCACGGCUACCUCUGGGAGGUGCUGCAUCUCACCAUCGAUAAGAUGAAUAAACAUGUCACUAAGCUCAGUGGCGAAUUGCAGGAAGCGAGAGAAGCUCUAGCUAGAGCUGACUCCAGCAGUUCAGAUUCCGAAGACGAAAGCGGUACUAAAAAGAAAAAAGAUCAAGAUAAACCUACCGAAGAGGCGGUGGAGCGAAUGGAAGAGCGUCUAGAAGCGGCCCACAUGGACCAGAAGAGAUUGUUCCUGAUCGUGUUCCAGCGGUUCAUCAUGAUCCUCUCGGAACAUCUCGUGCGCUGCGACACAGACGCUCGCGAUCCGGACACGCACUGGUACCGCAGCACCGUGGGCAGACUGAGACAAGUGUUCCUAGUGCACCACGAGCAGGUACAGAAGUAUAGCAGCACACUGGAGACGCUGCUGUUUACGCAAGAUCUCGAUCCGCAUAUUCUCGACGUGUUCCAUCAAUUCGUAGCUCUCACGGCUUAAUUCAUUUUAACAUGUCUGGCAAUUAAUGUUUAUAUUAAAAUAUCAAAUUAUAGAUAUUAUGUACACAGUGGAAAAUCAGGUUAAUUCAAUAUGGUUUUAUUUGUGUAAGCACUGUUGCAAUGAUUUUAAUCCUUAACGCUUCUAAGGUAUAGUUCAAAAUCAGCUGCGAUAAUUUGGCAUAUUGUGAUAAUCUGACGUGCUAUUGUGUGUAUAUAAAUUAUAUAUUUAAUUGUAUCAAGAAAGUAACAGUAUUUCCGUUUCGUUUGUCUACAAUUUAUAAUACAUUUAUGGAAUGUCACACUACGGAACUAUUUUGGAAUGAUUAUCGUCUCAGAAGUCAUUAUGUUAAUUUGAUUAUGAUCUAUAUUAAUUUAUACAUUCUGUUGGUUUUGUUAGUAGUCGCACCAGUACAUUAAGUUAAAACGUGGAAUUUACGCAAAUAAUUUUGUAUUUUAUUUUCAAUCACUUACAUUGUGAAAUUGAUUAGAGCAAUUUGACAGAUGCGUAUUACGCGCUGUUUCUUUUAAAAGUACCUUACCGUUUAAUAUAAACUCGAAAUCUCAAAAAUAUCAAUUUUAUGCAGUUUUUAUCAAGAGACAAAUGAAAGAAUCAUCCAUUUUGACUGUAUUUACGUUAAUCUUCUGCAAAUCGAAUUGCUAUGCCUGUAUGAAAUUUUGUAAGUUAGUAAAUAAUCCAUCAGCAUGGCACAUUUUUCAUCUGGAGAAAAUAAAAUUACCUGAUGUCAAAUCGGUGAGUUUCACAAUAUUAUUCUUUGUUUUGGGGCUAAGUAGUGAUAUGGAACUGUAGUUAAUGUGACAUAAAGGACUUUUUAGCCUAAAGAAAGAAGUUAAUAAUGUCCUUUAAAAGAUUUAAUUUCUUCUGGGCCGACUAUAAGUUGUCCUAGAUGUUUAGUAAGAAUUAAAAUUUAUUAGCAAUUAUUUUCUAGUAUCUUGAGUAAGUCGGUAAAACUGUUAGAACCAAUUAUUGCCUUAUAUUAAUGAAACGGGAUGUCAUUUUAUUCGUGGCAAAUCAUAAAUGAUUGUAUGAUUUGUUGACUAAAACUUCUUGACCUCCUGAGAUAAGAGGAUAGUAAUAGCAAUACACAAUACUGUAGUAAAGUUAUUUAUGUACCAAAGUAUAUGUUUUUCUCGACUGAUGCAGUGAUAUAAUAUCUGGCUCGGUUUUCUUACACUCGAUGCGAUAUUAUCGUCAACUGUUUCAAAAUGAAGUUCACGAUAAAUCUACAAUCGAAUACACCCGUAUAUUCACAUUGCAUUGAGUUUAAAUUUUAUUAGUAUAUAAUAAAUUUAUUGCUCGAUAUAAUAUUUUUUUUUCUAAGUUGCAAAACGCUUUAUGGCAAACUGGCUAACAAUUAAUACUUGUAUUAUUUAUUGAGAAUGAUAUAUAUAUUUUUCAAAACAAAUUCUCAUAUGAGAUAUGGCUAUUAUAAUACUUCAUAUUUAAAUCUGUAGGCAUAAAGUGUUUUUGUUUCAAACUCUUGAAUUUAGUUAAUGAUUGGGGUAUAUAAUUACGUUAAUAUAAAAUAUUGUUUGGUUGCAGACGUGUGAAAUAUUUUAUUUAUUUUAUUUACUGUCUGUAAAUAAAUGGAUUGUAAAUU